AUGGCGGACGUCCACGCCGUCGGCUCUCCUGAGCAUCGCCAACGUCCAGUAACGCCCGAUGCACAAUAUCGCCAAAGCCAUGACGCCGCUGGCGAGUCGAGUAGCACAGGCAGCCGUUACGGCGCCGCCAGCGGCAGCAGCCACUCGGGCACGCAGGACCUCACUCAGGAGCGUCUGAUGCUGCACCAGUCGAGGCUCGACGCAGAGCAGACCGACGGGCCGACGCGGCAGGACACAACAAGGAGGAAGCGCAGAGAUAGGCCAAUCGGCUCGUUUCUGCUCGACAGCGGAGGCGUUAAGCGUAGUCACAGUUCUCGUCUUCCGAAACCCACCACCGCAGCGGCCCAUGCCCGUCCUACGACCGACUCGCUCUCCAACACCCCCGAAUCCGCACGAUCGAUUGCUUUACGAGAUAAUGCCAUGCGAGUAGUGUCCGACCCCUUCACCGGGAAGGUCCCGACACCCUCCCCUAACGCGGCUAAUAACCUGAGCACUGGCUCGCUAAACCACUCAUCUCCUGCGUCGUCUCAGAACAGCCACGUUCCGGCUUCUGUGGAUGCCGAUUCUACACAAAUUGUGAACAUGGCCUUGAAUCUGAGCGAAUCCCGCCGCCUCGUCUCUCGUCGAAAUGUAUCCCGUGGCGCUCCUCCAAAGCUAUUGCCUUUGCCCGAUUCGGCUACCACCAACGACCUUCGCCAGCAGCUUAAACAGCAACGCCGAUCCUCUCGAAAUAUUUCCCCUCGCCCGGGACAAAGCAUGAUACCCAGGCAAAGCACAGGCUUGUCAGCGUCAAGUCCACUACACUCCAAUUUUCAUGCUGGACAGGACGACGUAUAUCGCUAUCAUUUCUCUGCCUCAACCUUGGCCCGAGCUCAGAAAGCAAAAGAUCAGCUGGAGCUUAUGGCCCAGUACAGAAGACUUCUCGAUGUUCUGCCGCCUUUGAAACCGGUCCACCUCCGAGCCGUUGCUACGAGCCCACCAGCCUCUCCAGCAGGCGCUGCUAAAGUCUUCACAUGGAGUUCAACGCCAAAUCCUGUACAGUUGGGACGCAAGUACAACCCGUUACAGUACAUUCGAAACAGAAAAGUGAGAGCUCGCGAGAGAAAGGUUAUCGACGGCGAGCGACAGGGGUUUGGAGAGGUCGACAGUGUCAAAUCUUGGGUUGAAAAAUGCGAACAAAAUGUCGCUUUACAACAAUCAGAGGAUGAUGCAGAGUGUAUGGUUCCAUUCUCCGGUACCGAGGUAUCAGGCGCACAAUUUGUGCCUGAUCCUGCCGCGAAGGCAGCUCGGACCCGUCGACCCCGCGUGGACUGGUUCGUUGAACCGUGUGACAUGAUUGCCGAUGCCUAUUGGAUCGAGCAGGAUCAGAAUAGAGACUUGAUCGAGGACCGACAUUGGCGCAAAAUAUUCCCUCCAAAAUCUGACCUUUCGCGGCCCAUGUCGCGAGAAAACGAAGAGCCUAGGCAGAUUGUGCCGUUUUCUCCAGAUGCUGCCAACCACCAUCCAAGCCUUCCGGAUAUCAGUCACGUACACAGGAGCCACGGUCCAGACCAUGGCCGUCAACAUACCAUGGACCGCGCCAGAGAGAAGCUUCAUCACAUGAAGGACUCAAAUCACUGGCAUGUCUCCGAUCACUUCCACGGUAGACCGCGCUCGAAAAAGGAUUCUGCGUCGGAGUUUUCGGAAAGCGACACCGAGGCACGCAACCGGACAAUUCGCGACUCUCGAAAGCGGACAGAGAGCAAAGCAGCGCAGCCAGGCGACAUAUUGCAUAAGCAAAUGUUGGAGAUGAUUACCAAAGAAAACGGAGACAAGGACGUGUUGGAGCUUGCGGGGGUUGAGCAUUUUGUACCCCCCAGCAUGGCAAGUCCAGAGCGAAAUGUGCGCUCGAAACCAAGCAGCCGUUUGCACAGUCGCAGGGGAUCCAUUAUGGAUUUCAGCGAUCAUGAGCCGAAAGGCACGUUUGAAAGGAUGCACAAAACUUCCCCUUCCCGCUUCCGUCGUGAAAAUCAGGUCGUUGAUGGCCCCAAUCUCCGAGCCCCAAGGUCGAUAGAUAACGAUUCGUCGUUGCCCACAUCGCCAGAGUUGCGACCCUUGAGAAAAAAUACUCUCGAGUCUGCGCCGAUGGAACUUCCGAGCCGCUCUGGAUCCCCUUCUAGAAAUCAAUCAGCAAACACUCGCACGGCACCUGAGGCAAAGCUUGACGCAGACAGUGACGCAGUUGCAGCCAACAGGGCCGAGACAUUGCCGCGCGAGGCUGAUAGUCACUCGCAUCCGCUCGACGGAGAGCCAUCGCUAGCGAGAAAUGCAUCAGCUCCGUUGGCUGGUGACACAAUCAAAAGCCAUCGCCGUAUGGGAAGUCUACUUCAUCGCGCUGAUGACCCCAACUCUGGUCUUCGCGGUAUAUUCAAAGGCCCACGGAUUGAUACAGUUCUGCGAGGUGGCGUGUCUCGCAUCGGCGAUAUUCUGCGCAAGAAGGAUGGCUCCGGAGAAUCUCCAGAGAUUGACUCUACAGAUGAGUCUGACAGCGAACGCAACAGAGGGAGGCGCCCCUCGCUACCCUUGUCCCGUCGUCCCUCCAAAAGAGAGAAACCCAAGAAACAGGACUCGAAGCACUUUCUUGACGUUAUGCCGCAGUUCCAGCACGCACCUGGCGCUUCUACCGAGACUGACAUUCACAAGUCCGCAUCUUGGGCCGGUCGCGUUGUUCAAAGCAACGAAUCUUCGUCGCGCGUUGAUCUGCCCAAACCUCCUCAGACUAGAGUUCGAAGCCCAUCCAUGUCCACCUCUCCACCACGCAAAGUAGCAAGUCGUCCGGGAGAGUCUGAUAUUUCAGAGCCCGAAUCGAUCAAGGGUCGCAUCCCCACCGGAGUCCGCGAUACCGACCGCCGGCUCAAUGCCAUUCUGGGAGAUUCGCGCCGCGUCGACCGUAGCGAAAGAACCAAGAGCCGACAGUGGUCCAUUGUGGACCAAGGCGGUAGGCAGGUUGAACAAAGUCAGCUGUCAAGACGCGAAAUGGCACGCGUGAAGACUCUUGUCAUGAGCUCAGGCAUCAAGGCCAUGGAGAUCAACAGACGUGCCAAGGAGACGCACAAGCCGUUCUGCAAUGACGGCCUCCAAACCUGCUCGAAGCUUGCAAAUAUUGACUGGGACGGGAUUGCCAAGCUUUGCCCGGAAAACAAGCAGCUGCAUGAUCAAGACGUACCUUUUGCUGAGGUUUACCCACUCGCCGCGCAGACGCUGGCCAGCAACAUCCAAACCUUUGGUCAGCGCUGGCAGAUGGCCGCCGACAAGUUCACGUUGCACACGGGACCGGAGCUGCAUCGGCGCGUGGGGGCCGUGCGGUCCCGCGUCGCUGACGACCUGGCGCCGAUGACGCGCGCAGCCGUCGAGGAGGCCGACGAGGCGAGCCGCAGCCUGGCGCUGGACCAGCCGCUGCGCAUCAAGCACGUCGUCGACACGAUCGAGAAGAUGCUCCGCAAGAGGCGUCGCCGGCUGCGCUGGGUGCGCCGCGGCCUCUGGCUGAGCGUCGAGUGGCUUCUUGUCGGCUUCAUGUGGUACGUCUGGUUCGUCGUCAUGAUUCUGCGCGUAUUCCUGGGCAUCGGCCAAGGCAUCUGGCACGGCGUGAAAUGGGUGCUGUGGCUUGCCUAA